AUGAGGAAAGAGCCGAGAAACACAAGUUUCUUAAACAUUGGAAACCCACUGUCGACCGAGGUACGGGACGAACCCUUCCCUUUAAACUACAAAACACCGCAGCUGGACGACUACAAUGGAACUGAGGAUCCGAACACACACCUGAGCUGUUUCCAAGUAGUUAUGAUGGUACAAAGCUUGUCCGAAGCCGCCGUCUGCAAACUCUUUCCAACAACCCUGAAAGGACCAGCUGCCAUCUGGUAUCAAAGCCUGAAAGAAGGCUCUAUUCGAAGCUUUGACGAGCUAGCAAAAGCUUUCCGAACUCAUUUCAAACCGGGAGAAAGUUUGCAAAGCUAUAUCGACAGAUUUAAUGCCGAAGCCGUCGAAGUAGGAAACUUGAAUGAUGAUACCGUGAUAGACUCUAUGAAGGACAACACAACAAUGAUGGCAUUCAGAGAUAACCUGAUAACAAAUCUAGUACAGACUUACUCCCAGCUAAUGGACCGAGCCUGGAAUUAUAUAAAUUUGGAUGAAGAACAACGACGAAAGGCUACACAUACGACGACACAGUUCUAA